AUGGCUGCUAAUGCUUCUACACUUCUUCUCGCCCUGAUUAUCCUCGCGACUAUCUUGCCGGUAGCGCUCACCACAGAGGACCAAGCGAGAGAUGACGACAGUCCUCAGCUUCCCGAUAUUCCGGACGGCGAUGACGGUGACAUUGUGAAUUUGAGCGAGGCGUCGUUUAACGAGGCACUGAGGCAGCACGAGUACGUUCUCGCGUUGCUGUACAACAGCUCGUGCCCGCGAUGCAAGAACUACAUGGUCCAGCUGCGCGAAGCGGCGGAGGCCCUGAAGGAGGCGGGCGGGGGGGUGUUGGUGGGCAAGGUGGACGCGCUGAAGCACGCGGGGGUGCUAGAGAAGGCGGUGGCGGAGGGCGCUGGGGACGACGGUGAGCCGCCGCUGUUCGUGUGGGCGGAGAAGGGCCGCCUGCAGCCGUGCGACGAGUUCCACAGCGAGGACGUGGUGGCGUGGGUGACGCGGAAGAGCGGGCGCAGCGUGGCCGUGCUGGAGCCUGCAUCGCCCUCCGACCUGCCCUCUCUCGACUCGCUGCUCGACGACUCCGUCACUGCACUCGCCCUUGCCCUCGUGCAUGACACUCAGGGCGCGGCAGCAGCGGAGUUCAGAGGCGCAUCGAAGGACGUGGAGGGCGUGCGGUUCGCGCUCACCACGCACGCUGCAGUGGCCGCCGCGCUGGGCUGGCAGGGCGACGCUGCUGCUGCUCUGGCGAGCACAGGCGCGGAGGGGGGCGUGGUGGUCGUGCUCAAGAGUAGAACCGACACCUUCCUGCAGUUCGAGGGCGAGGUGACGCGCGGGGCGAUAGCGGAGUUCGUGCAUGGCAACAGGCUGCCCCUGUUUGUGCACAUGGACGAUGCUGCUGCUGAGCAGUUUGGGAAAAACACCAAGUGGCACAUCGUGAUCUUCUGCCCGCGCACCAACUUCCCUCACUUUGAGGAGUCUCUCACUCCCCUCGCCAGGCAGCACGUGGGCAAGGUGUUCUUCAUGGUGGUGGACUCGAGUGAUGAGGACACAUCAGGCCAGCCAAUGGACUACUUUGGAGUCCGCGAGGGCGAGACGGCUGUGCUGGCUGUGGUCUCAUACACGGAGGAGGGCGAGCAUCACGAGACCAAGCACCGCCUCGCAGGGGAACCUACUCUUUCUAACAUGCAGGAGUUCAUAACAGCCUUCUUGGCAGGUGAACUGCCGCCCUACUACAAGUCCGACCCUGUGCCUGACCAGAACGAUGGGGUGGUGCGCACAGUGGUGGGCAGCACGUUCAACGAGAUUGUAAUGGAUGAUUCCAAGGACGUCAUGCUCAUGCUAAGCUUUUCAGACGAGUGCCCCUCAUGUGACGAGCUGUUGCCGCACUUCACGCGUCUGGCGGAGCGCCUGAGCGGCCGCCCCUCACUGCUCUUCGCUGCCAUGGACUAUGCCUCCAAUGAGGUGCCGGGGCUCGAGCGCGACAGCGCUGACUGCUCCAUCCAGGUCAAUGCACCCUUGCUACUCUAUGCCCCCGCGCUGCUCGUCGCCACCACAGACUUGGCCUCAAACGAGGUGCCGGGCCUCGAGCUGGCAGCAAGAAUCACCGUCCCACUCAAAACUCCUUCCCCCUUUGUUCUUACCUCCGUUCCUAUUCCCUCCCCCCCCAUGGCCAUCAGCUAG